AUGAGUGUGAUAGAUGAAAGUUGGGAUAUUUGUUUAAACUUAAAAAUGAUAGAAAGCGAUCAUUACCUUAUUUUUGCAAAAAUACAAAGCAAUCAUCAAGACGCUGUUGCAAAGUUGCUGGAUGAAGGAUUCAAAACACAUCGUUUUGUUGUAAAUGGGACACUAAAUGUAAAUAAUGAUGAUGAGUUGCAAAUAGUAUUAGAAAAGAAUAAGCAUUUACGGUGUGUUAUAAAUAAUAAAAUCAGCGAGCUAGAGAUUCAGCAAAAUAAAUAUGAAACAUUUAAAAAAGAUCAGAAGUUAUUAUCGCAAGAGAUAAAAGAAACUCAUGAAGCAUUUUUAUUGGCAAAGAAAUUUUAUAAGAAAUAUUUGAAGAUGUAUUUUACAAUUGAAUCAAGAAAUAAUGCAAAACACACUAUAUUCAUCCAAUUUUUCACUGAAUCUAAAAAGGAAUCUGAAAAUUAUUCAGUUCGUCUGCAGCGUGACAUUAAAUCUGGUGUUUAUGAAUUGCUAAACACUACGCCAAAACUAAAAAUGCUGAAGGAGUAUCAAAGAAGAUUACAAGAGAACAAUGAUGUGCCUGAACUGUUAUGUUGCAUAAGACAGGCAUACAGUGUUAUGAAGCAAAGUAAAUGUAAAUAAUAUUCGAAUCAGAAACAUAACAUACUACUAUCACCAUCUGUACCAGGAAUACGAAUAACAUAGUGAAAAAAAAAGAAUUUGUGUAUACGCACGCCCCUUGCAUGAGACACACGAUAUAAAGGUACUA